AUGACGGCGCUUCAAUGACUGGUUCAGGGCAGGGUCCUGCUCCUGACCAUCUGUGCAGCCGGCAUCAGAGGGACAUUUCAAUUUGGCUACAACCUCUCCAUCAUCAAUGCCCCGACCUUGCACAUUCAGGAGUUCACCAGUGCAACCUGGCGGGCACGGACAGGUAAGCCACUGCCUGAUCAGCUGGUUCUGCUAUUAUGGUUGCUCAUCGUGUCUCUGUACCCCCUGGGGGGCCUCUUCAGAGCACUGCCUGCAGGUCCCCUGGCCAUCGUGCUGGGGAGGGAAAAGUCCAUCCUGGUGAAUAACAUCUUUGUGGUGGCUGCAGCAAUCCUGUUUGGCUUCAGCCACAAAGCAGGCUCCUUUGAGAUAAUCAUGCUGGGAAGACUGCCCAUGGGAGUCAGUGCACGUGUGAGCAUGAACAUCCAGCCCAUGUACUUGGGGGAGAGUGCCCCCAAAGAGCUCCGAGGAGCCGUGGCCAUGACUUCAGCCAUCUUCACUGCUCUGGGAAUCGUGAUGGGACAGGUGGUCGGACUCAGGGAGCUCCUGGGUGGCCCACACACCUGGCCCCUGCUGCUGUCCAGCUGCCUGGUGCCUGGGGUGCUCCAGCUUGCUUCCCUGCCCCUGCUUCCUGAGAGCCCAUGCUACCUCCUCACUGACUGCAGAGAUAUCGAGGCCUGCCUGGCAGCUGAGUCCCUGAAGGGGGACUCAGCACCCACCGCCUCUGUCCUCAGCGCUGCAGCGGCCGUGGGGCAGCAGAGACAUGACCAGGGCUGGUGGGUGCAGUGCCGAUGGGAGCUGAUCUGUGACUGGGCCCUGCAAAGGCAGGGGGCGAGCCUCGUGGAGCUGGGCAGUGCCGUGGAGCUCUGCGAGAACGACUUAGUGUAUGCCUGCGCCUGCUUGGUGUUCUGGGAGGCCAGCAUUCCCGAGGUGAAGGUCCAAUACGCCAUCACUGGGACAGGGAGCUGCAAGCUGCUCACGGCGGUUGUCAGUUGUGUGGUGAUCGAGAGAGUGGGCUGGCGGGUGCUGCUGAUGUGGGGCUACUGCGUGAUAACCUGCUGGGGGAGCGUUGUCACAGCGACCCUGUGCCUACAGAGCUCAUUCCCCUGGAUGCCUUACUUGGCCAUCUCCUCCAUCUUCGCCUUCAUCCUCAGCUUUGGUAUCAGCCCUGCAGGAGUGACGGGGAUCCUGGCCACCGAGCUGUUUGACCAGACGGCCCAACCUACUGCCUAUGUGGUCUGUGGGGUGCUCCUGUGGACCAUGCUCUUCUUGGCGGGGCUAGGCUUCCCCUUCGUCAUGGAGGGCUUGUCAUGCUUCCUCUGUGUCCCUUUCCUUGUCGUCUGUGUCUGUGGGGCCGUCUACACGGGCUUGUUGCUUCCCAAAACCAAAGGCAAGACCUUCCUGGAAAUCUCUGAGGAAUUUCACAGACUCAACUUCCCCAUCCCUACCCAUGCGCCCAGGUGGAGGGGCCCGGAGGUCAUCCGGUCCACAGAGCUCUAG